AGCACGGCAUUAAAUAGUCCAAUCGACAGUUUCGGAAUACUGACCAGGGCGAAACUCCAUUCCAAGACUCGAAGAACUCGCAAGGAUCUUCAUGUGAAGUUUUCAAGUUUUCGUUCCUCGACAACGUUUGAAGGAUAACCUCCUGCCAUACCCUUAAUAGACUAUAUCGAGCAUGAAAAGUAGCGGUCCUCACGAAGAAACUUCGAAGCAAGAGAAGAUAUUGCUCUGCUCUGCCUCCGAAAGAAAUAAAGGGGUCGAAUGUUUCGUUCUCGGCUUCGCGAAGGGAAUAUGAGACGGACCAUUUUUCAAUUUUCGUAGAAUUUACCACACAAAGGGCGAGAGAGAGAGAGAGACGCCGUUUUCCUCGUUGGGAAAGUUGUGAUGAUGGAGAUCUCGUCGUUUGCAAAUAUGAAAGGUCAUCGAGUUGCGUAGUUAUAAUUGAUGAAGCUCAUAGUUGUACCUCGUACGCAUACCCCACAUCAUCGAUUCAUUGCUUUCAUUUAUUCCUCCAUCAUGUGUAUGUAUAUUCCACCAAAAAUCUUCACUGACUUUCAUCUUACGUCGGCUUAGAACAACUAGAGCAAUCAUUAUGAUCAUAUUCUGUGUUGAUUGAUCACCCACAUGGAAAAUCCGUAGGAAAAGCAAGUAGAAUAGAAGAAGGUCACUCAACUGCAGUUGACGAACCAAAAGAGGGAACGAGAACGAAGGCGAGACUUCUAGCUACAAAACAACUAGAACAACCUCUCCAACAAGAAGUGUAACUUCUUCGAAGGAGAACUACAACGAAACCAUCAGAAGCAAGUACGACAUCGUGGUCCCCAAACCCGGCAAGAUGAUGAAAAUUCAUCCGGAUCAAGUACAAGUUGGAGGUAGUUCUUCUAGUUCCUCCAGUUGUACCGCUCUUGCUGCUACUAGCUAUAUCGCCGAAAUCAUAGCUCCACCAGCACCUCUGAAUGGAGAAGAACCAUCAUCUUCAGAAGGAGUAGUAUGGCAUCAGAAUGAUCAGAACAUCUUCAAUCACAAUGAUGUCUUGUCAUCCCAUGGCGCACUACCUGAUGACAGUACCGCAGCUACCAGGAUGAAGCUCAACUAUGCGAUAAUAUAUUCUUCUGCGGCACUAGGCUUUUACGCAUUGUGGUACACCUUCCACGACAUUGGGUUAUCCACGCUGUUGACGUUCUCCGUCUUGAUUCAGGUAGUACCUAUUGACCCUGUACUUGAUCUACUGUCCUUUACUGUGAAACCGAUAAGAAAGUAGGAGUAGUAUUUUAUAGUAUUAGUAGUAGUAGUCGACGUAGUAAUUAAAUGAUUAUACCAGAGUAGUUUAUAGCACGCAUGGUGCAUGGAGUAGCAUGGAGUGCAUGGAGCGCAGAGCUUUAAGGGGCGCAAGAAGCUCCCCUUUAGCUCCAUGCUACUCCAUGUGAUCCAUGCACCCCAUGCCAUGCGAGCUGUGAAACCUUAUAAAUUGCUCUGUUAUACAACUCGACUUUUCGUUUUCUCUUCCGUCCAUCCCUUCAUUCUCGUCCUUGGUGAUUUACUACACAUGAUCAUUGUUAUUUAUCACUCUAACUAUCCUUCCUUCUACUAAAUACCUUACCACACGCAUUAAUAAUUGGAUUAUACGACUUGCUGUACGUGUGCCUGUAGUUGCUUUGAUCAUCAAAAAAGAUUUAACGUCAACCUUUCCACAGAGCGUUGCGCUUAUAUGUUUGCUAGCUGGAGUUCUUUGCCAAAGAUCAGUGCGUGGUAUCAGUGCAAUGAGCAUCGGGAUGCAGGCAUGCAGUUUUUGCCUUCGCCUUGGAACAACGACUUUUUUGAGAGGUAACUGUCUGGUAGUACUGUUUGUGAUGUUGUUCGAGGAUGGUUGCUUAAGCUUAUUAUAACUUCGUCGAAUUCGUCUUCACUGAAUCAGAAACAAGUAGUAGCAUAGAAGUACAUCCUCAUACAUGAUCCCCGAAUAAUGUUGAUUUGCAGACCAAGCAAAAAUCUACCAGAACUACAGGUUAUAUCCCGACCGACAGCACAGGAGAUUAUCUGUACCAGCUUGCGGAUCUCUUCGCACUCACUCUGUGUGUCUAUAUCGUCUACCUUGCGAAGGUAAGGUUCGCGCACACAUAUCAGGUAUUCAACCCUUCCCUGCUGCCAUGAUCAUGAGUUGUAAGUAGUUUUUUCAACGCAUAACAAAUGGCUACUUAUCAUCUUCAUGGAAGUUGAUUAACAAGAUUGUGUUUGUGGUAACCGAAAAAUGUGUUGUAGCUGAGUUCUUGUAUACAACUUCUUAGAAAGAACUUACUAGUACGUGGAUUUUUUUCGCGCUGAAAAUAGAGUAAGCAUAAAAACUCCCGCCCAUCAACCAACCACAGCGCCAAGCCGACAGCUUUCCGGUAGCUCCUACGUUGGUUGGGUGUAUUAUUGCCGCCAUCAUGAUCCACCCGGAUCUGAACAACUGCCCUUUCUUUGAUGCUCUUAAGGCUUACCGUAAUUCAUCUGGAUUCUGGAGAAGCAUCUUUGGUCUCGUCGGUCUUGUUUACGGGUUAAAAAAAAGGUAGAAACACGUAGUCGUAGAAGAUGACCUCCAAGAUGAAUAUCUUCUGUUUCUGUCGGUUCUAAUGCUCUCUGGGCUGCAUCUCUUUACACGGAUGUUAUGUCCACGAUGCCUCAGUUGUGGAUGAUCAACAGAUUGGCAGGCAAAUUCGACGCUCUUUCAGCGCAUUACGUCUUCCUAGUUGCAUUGUCGCGGACACUGGAGACGAUCUUCUGGUAAGAAUUGCUAUUUGUGUUUGACACUGGAGACGAUCUCUGGUAAGAAUUGCUAUUAAGUUUUUGACAUCCUACCAUACCAUACCACACCAUACCAUACCAUACCAUACAGUUCCUGUGACAAGUAGUUGUUGAUGAAGAUUUGACUACAAAUGUGUAAGUCUACUCCAGCAUUGUACUGGUGAUGCAGUAUUAUAUCUUUGUUGUAUUCCAUAUCCAUUAUACUGUAGCUGACGUUGUACCUGGCUGAAUACAACACCCACUCACUCUCACACGACAGGUCCCACGGCUACACGGAGCUCGCCCCAGAGAAUGGAGUGGACCUGAAUAUCAGUGGAUUUGCAGUUCUUGGCGCUAACCUCUUGCAUAUCGUUCUGAUGGCAGACUUUGUGUACAUUUAUGGUCAGCUUUUUUCCAUCUUCCUCAUCAUUUUGGUCCCCUUUUGCCCUGUAUUCUCAUGAAAUACAAGGAGCAAGAGGUCCAGUGGGGGGGACCGAGAUGGAGUAAAGCCGACGCUAAUGCUUGUAUCUUCGCAACUGGUACAAAGGGAACAUGCUACGAGCACAAUUCGACUUCAGUGGCGAGUCGUGCUUGGAUGUUGUGUAAGGCCAAUAUGUACAUGUAGUACGUCGAUGAUGUCACUGAUAGAUUGUAGUUCUUUUUCAUCAAGUUCUUACCAGAAGAUCGUCUUGUUCAAGUUGUUGAUUUUCUCCUACUUAGUAAGAUUUUUACUUGCUUUUCCUCUGUCUACGUACAGGGCACUUUUAACCCCCGCUAUACCUUUGAUGCCCAAAAAUGUUGACGUGAGUUAACAAAAACACAUACCCAAACAAACCACUCAUAAAAUAUCUGAAGUCUCUGAUUACAUAACUCCUUUAUUAGCAUUCGAAACAUAGUAGAGUGAAGUACGGCACUUCAUCCCAUCACGUAGAACUUUCCUUUCUCUCGACGUAAAAACGUAACGUUCCAUCAUUCCAAGAACGAACGAACCCCCCACGUUCUGUCAUGUGAAAAUAAACAUCACUCGCGACCUCGUAGUCUUACAUUUUGAUCUUGUACAGACGAUGUACAGAGUUUAGGGUAUGCUCAGGCGUGUAGAAAAUGAAGUAUACCAAGUAGUAUGUGCAUAUUGCUUCUUCUAACAUCAAAUUAUCUCGCAACGUAUUAGAUCAACAUCUACAAUUCAUCGUCCACAAAUGAAAUUCGAUCGUUUCUGCAAUAACCUAUUUUCUGCUAUAAUCACCUAGAAGUAUUACACGGUACUAAUAUUAACCUAGUAUCUUGAUGUUGCGCGCACGCCUUUUUUUCUAGUCUCUAAACGCAUCAUUAAUAAAUUCGCCAACUAAAAACACUAACAAACUAAAGCUUACUAACUGUCAGUCAUCACCCCAAAAAUCAUCUACUUACUCGUUCCUCAUUUCCCUUGUAAGUUCCCCACUCAUUUUCCCCGUUAAUUACACGCAAAUUCAUAUUGACGUAAAUGCACCUUCAUAUGCCAUAUGUGCAUAAUGGAUCUUCCAAGGAUCAUCUUCAAAGACAUCUUGUUAUAACCUCUAGUAUCAUGGUUGAACUAUGAUUCUCAUUCUUCAUCUCAUGAUGACAACGAAGUAAUAUGAUUCAGAUGAAGUACUACUACUUACAACAAGUAGUCGCAACUAC